CUUUGACCGCGAGCGACGUCGAGCAGGGGUAUCUGUCAGAUCGAAGUAGAGGCGAGGAUCACAGAGUCUGGACAACCUCAGGCCAGGGAUCGAGCGAGCUCUGCAUACUCACCAUGUUUCGCAAGCUUCCAGCACUACCGACGCUCAAGUCUCUGCCUCAAGCGAUUGGUCUCCCAUUUCUUUCAACCCAAGAAGAUGCUCAGCUCAGAUUCAAGUCAGAGAGCAGCGGUAUAAAAAGGCUCUAUGGAGAUGAGAUCAUUCCUGUAUCUGAUGUCGAAUAUUGGUCUCAAUUCUACAGCUUAUUUGGCAGUGCGGCCGAUGUCUACUCUCUUAUUUCGGUUCAAGACGUACGCCAAGCACUGACCAAUCAACCUACGAAUCUCGCCAACCUCAUUUCCAUCCUCUCCAGUCAUCUCUUCACACUUCUACCAUCCCCGCUGUUUCCCACUACCGCUAACAAUUCGUCUCCUCAGGAUCCUACUCGGCAAGCGCUGAACUGCCUCCGAGUUCUCGGAAGGAUCCUAGUGGUAGUGUAUGAAGCGGAAGCGGAUCAUCGGGAUGCCACAGCAACAGGAGCAGAUAGAGGUCAAAGUUUUGCACAAAAAUACUUGUGGUCUCGAGAUGCCGUGGAUCCGGUAUUAGCAGUAGAUGAGGCUUCAGCCAUCGCAGAGGGACGAGCGGAGAUAAAUGGUCAAUCCGAAUCGGACGCCGGCGAGCAAUUCAAGAUUGAAGAUUCAGAUAGCGAAGAGGAGAAAGAAUCAAUAGACGAGGGUGCUAGGGCAUUCAAAGCUACCGUCGGGAAGCCGCCGAAGACCGACUCCAAGCAGAUGGACGGACCCGUAGAUGAUCCUCUUUCGAGACCUGACGGCGACGCUGCUGCUAUCGAUGAAGAGGAACCGCUCAGACCCUGCCUGGUGGACAGGCUAUUCAGCUGCACCAUUGACCUGUUGUUCUGCGCUGGAUUCACGGUCCCAGAAAGCGUCAGAAGCCAGUCAAGUACACAGGAGAAAGUCAAUUAUGUGAUCUGGGAGAAGGGAGUUGGAAGUACCGUCAGCAUUGGAUCUAGUGCGGAUCUCGACCGGAACAAGUCUGAAGUUCUGAGAUUCCUCACGAUCCUCCUCUCAACGACCAUCUAUUCUCCUCCCAAUACUGUCUUGUCAACUCCAAAUCUCGCCUUGGAGCAUCUGACUCACUCGCUCGAACGGCGACUCGUCUUAUCACUCUUGUGCUCGUUCCUCAACACCUCGCUCACUCGGUCCAAAGCGAGCAGCACGAUCAGUAGUAUAGGCAAUCAAUUGCCCUACAACCACUUGAUAUCUAAAGCUGAGGAAGAGCGGAGGACACUGGUCAGAAGUUGUUUGACGACGCUGCUCGUCGCUUUGGAUUACCGGGUCCCAGAGAGCCAGACUCAGAUGGGAGAGGGCAAGGACGAGAACGCUUUCAGGUAUUUCGUCUCCAAGUUGCAUCGGAAGGAAGACUUCUCAUUCGUCCUUGGUGGGAUCACCGCUAUCCUGGAGGAGCAUUUGGCUAUACAAAAUGGCUUCUUACCCGGAAGUCAGAAGCCUAUACCCUAUAUCCUGGAGGCUUAUAUGCUCCUUUGGCGGAUGGUUGACCUGAACAAGCGAUUCCGGACGCACGUAUUUGACAGUGGCAAAGCGCCCGACGUCAUCGCUUGCAUCUUGCUCACCUGUCUCGAGAUGAAGGAAGAUCCCGCUCAUCAUGGUCUUUUGAGACUCUUGUCGUACCUGCUUCAAACACUGUCGGCGGAUUCAGCAUUCGCAGGAGCUCUGAAUCAGACGCCGCGAGUCGCCAUUCCCGCCAAAUGGGCCGUAUCUGGUAGUCUUGCGGACUUUUUCAUCGUCUCCAUAUACUCUAUCGCUACAACUCCCGGCUUGAACCCCUUGUUCCCUGCUUUGACCAUCAGCAUUGCCAAUGCCGCACCGUAUCUCCAGAACAUCGGGGUGCAGGCUUCGACGAGGCUUCUCCAGCUUUUCAAGGCGUUUUCCAGUCCAAACUUCCUACUGGCGGAUGAUGGACAUCCGCGGUUGGUGUAUUAUCUACUGGAGACGUUCAAUCACGUACUUUACCAUCAGCUGAAUGAGAAUCCACAUCUUGUCUAUGCGAUCCUACGAGCCCAUAACGAUUUCAACACUCUGGCGAACUUUACCUUGAUGUCUGGUCUUCGGGAGAUCAAGCGGCGGCAAGCCAUGAAGGCGAAAUUGGCGGCUGAGACGACUGCGGGAGAUACACGUCCUGGCAUCCGACGGACGAAUUCAGAGCUCGAGAUGCUCGCUGAAAAGGCUGCGUUGCUUGGCAAAGAGGAUGAGGAGCACGAGGACGAAGCUCGUUCAUCAUCCCGAGGCCAAUCUAGGCAGGCAUCUCCUCCACUCCCGAGCCCGCCUAUCGACUUGAGCGCCCCGCCGACCAUACACCCACUCACAACACCUGGUGACGGCCCAACAAUGGACCCUCUUUCCAGUACGCCUACCGUCGAAAUACCCGAGCCACCAUUUGCUCCAGUGUUGAGCGAGAAGGCCCGCGGCAAGAUGAGAGCCAGAGAUUCUAUCUCGUCCCUCACUAACCCAGAUUUGAGCGCGCCGGACGUGCCAGAUGAAGACCUACUGCGCAUUGCGGAGGCUGGAGUCGGUCAGGCUGGAGUCGGUCCUAAUGGAUUUGUUCCGACUCAGGAAUGGGUGUCGAGCUGGCAAAAAGGGCUGCCGUUAGACCCCGUACUCGUUGCUAUUUCCGAACUCCUGCCUAAGGUCCAAGAUACACAAUCCCGAACAGGCGCUCCCUCGUCUAAAGUCUUCAACAUUCUCAAGGGUGCUUCGAUAUCUGAAGUCUUACCUCCCAAUGGUCCCAUCGUUCCGAGGAAGUUUCAAUGGUCUUCCGCCUCGUGCAUCUGGUUGACGUCCCUUCUGUGGGGCGAUAUCUAUGUCGCUGGUCUCUCAGGAGGUAUAUGGCGAGAUACGAAGGUCAGGCUAUUUGGCGUCAAGCAGGCUCCUGUCAAAGGACGCGGGGCUCAGGUGGAGAGGAUGUUGAAGAGAUUGGGCGUAGCAUAAGUGUGGAGCAGGUCUCUCUUGGCGGUUGCUUCCAUGCAUCAUAUUGCUGCGUCUGAAUGGGCUUGGGGGAUGAUUCAACCUUAUUUGUUAUUUGCACAUCUGCGAAGUAUCCACGGAGCCAGGUCGCCUCAUAUCGAGACAGCUCGUCGCCGCG